CAUGACGGUGAAAGUUUUCGUCCUUCCUUUAUUAACUUUUUCUUUACUUUCCGAUUAUUCCGCGAUGAUCGCUCAUAAAAAGAAUCAAAAUAGCAAUAAACAAUAACAAAUACAGAAAAGGAAUUCCAAGGUUAAUAGUGACUUGUUCUCCUAUGUUAUUCUCGUACGAACUUUAAACAGUUCACCAGUUUACGGAGUGUCGAUUGGCUAGUAUCCGAAAAUAAUAUUAUUAUGAAUAAUUUGGACCGACUACAUAUAGAAAUUUUACUUUAUGGCACGCAGAAAUAAACAUGUCGUUUCAACAAAUCAUUCGUCGAAAAAGAGUAAAAGUGUUGCUUUUGGUUUUAAUGCUCAUAUUCCUAACGUUUACGAAAGGAAACGCAUCUCCAAAUUUACUUUCUGUUAUUAAAAACGCCGAAAUUCCUUACGAAGCCGUCUGUAUCUCGGAUGAAAAUGUAGAAAAUUCUGGUUUGACUUGGAUUUUUCCAAUUCCAGAAACGCAAGAGGAUUUACCAAAUAUUGAAACUAAAUAUGUUCCUAAUAUUGAAAACGAGUAUUCUUGCGAUUUUUCUGUUGCAAACAAAUGUUUAAAACAAUGGAAAAUGUCGGGGUGGAAUUUUUCCGAGAACAAUGAAAGUUUUCAUUCUGUUUUAGACUCCAGAGCUGAUGCUUUUUCGACAAUAUAUACAUCAAACACAACCAAAGAAUUCCACGAAAGGAUUGAAAUUCCUCAAGAAUUUAAUUUAGGAAUAUCUUUACGUUCUUCUCAUUAUGGAGAAAUUUUCUUCUGUGAAGGAUGGAAUCCGUACAGUUAUCCGUGCUAUUACCUGAACAUCGGCGGAGAUGAUGGGAAAACAAUAACUUUAAAAAAAAUCAAGGGGUUAUCGAAAGAAAUUUUAAAUAGUAAUGAAAAUCUGGGAAACUUUGAAGGAGAAAUUGUAAUAUCUGCAUACGAGUGGAAGUCAUACAAGAUAGCCUUCAAUAAAAAUGGAACUUUUGAAAUUAUCGAUUUAGUGCUUGAAAAAUCGUUGUUAAGAUACAGUGAUCCUAAUAAGUUAAAACCCAUUUAUUUGCUUUUAAGAAGCCGGAGUCCUGCUCUUUGGAAGAUUCAUAAAAUAAGAUAUAUUUACACUACCACGCCAGGGAUGACGAAAUUGGGACCAACAUUAAACUUAAACUCUAAAAAUUUGUGCAUUUCGAUGUUUUUGUCAAUGUGCAAAAACUGUAGUUUUACGUUUUCAUUGGUAACAGAAGCAAAGCAAGAAGUCGUUCUGCUAACUGUGAAAAACGAUGAUCAAAAUGAAAAAGGAGAGAAAUGGAAACAGGUUGAACUUAAGAAAAACGAUUUAGUCAGUUCUUCGGUAAAAUUGCACGUUAAAACUGAAAUAACAGGAAACGCAGAGAAGCCCUUUUGGGCAGUAUCGAAUGUAAGAGUGUGUAAUAGUAAAGAGAUACGAAGUAGUAUUUUCGUUUACAAUACCACUAAAAACAAAUUAAGACCAGAGUAUGAUUUAGCCUGUCAAUUUCUUCGACAUCCCACUUGGCGUCCAACCAUGUACAAAGCUGUUCCUUUUGAUAUUCGUAUUAAGAAAAUAUCGGCAGAUUCCAACGAGAUUGUCGUACAGUGGGAAUAUUCGACGUCACAAAAACAGCUUCCCUAUCAACCAUAUGUAUCGGUCGAGUAUCAGGCCAAAAAUAUAUGUAAUGAUACUGAAAUACCUGAUGACACAGUAAACCGCAACAGAUCAUCUGGUUUUUUGGUAACCAGAGAUGAUGAUGUACAAAUUAAGAAUUUAGUUCCCUAUACCACAUAUAACAUAUGCCUAACAGAUAUCAUUUCUAAUAAACAAAUAAUUAAGGAAGUCAAAACUGCCCCGUCAGUUCUUCCUACUCGCGGGGAAAUCCCAGAGAAUGUUAUCAUUCAACCUACCGACACCUUAAUAAAAAUAAAUUGGAAAAGACCCUCAUGCCUAGAAUCUUACGGCCCCAUAGUUUACAAAAUACACAUCAAGAACGACAGUGAGGUGUUACGUAGUCUUGAAGUGAAUAAAGACGAUAGUCCUAACUUUGCCAUUAAUAAUUUAGAGCCUUUCACGCCUUAUAUUUUUGAAAUAUUCACCGCAAGAUCACUACAAGAUUUAAACAACAUCGAUACGGUUCACAUCAAUACGUACAAGUUUUCAACUUCACCGGGAGUUUCGCCAGCAGUAAUUGAUCUCGAAGUCUACGAAAUAGACACAACGUAUGCCUGUAUUCGGUACAAAAUGCCCGCGAAACCGUUUGGGAUUCCCCAAUACGUAAAAGUUAAGUACUGCAAUCCCAUCGUUCGCGAUAACUGCACUACACUCAUCAAAAAUAUUACGAAAUGCGUACUCUGGGAAGAGUUUUACUGUCUCGAAAUAAUAAAUCUCUUAUCUAACUUACAGUAUACAUUUUCGGUAGCGAUAAAGAAUGCUAACACUGACAGUUUUGGAACGUCUUCCGAUGUUAUUGGACUGACUACACCUCAUGUGCCUGGAAAACCAUCGAACGUAACUUAUGAACUUAAUUGUUACCAUGAUACUCAGUAUUGUAAUAUCAGAAUAAAUUGGUGUCAUCCAUAUAAUCCUAAAGGACUCAUAACUGCUUUUCGUGUAUCCUUGCACAAUAAAAACUUCAACGUCGAAGACUUUAUCGAAGAAAUUUACAAAAUUCCAAAUCGGUCGUACCACAAACAAUACUCCCAUAUUGUAAAGUACAUCCCCUACGGUUCGGAGCAUACUUUGAAAGUAGAGGGAAUCAAUAAUUACUAUAACGAGGGUGAUUUUGAAGCAAUAAGCGUCAGUCCACGUCAUGUGCACUAUGUAGAUUUUACACCCUCUGUCGAUGCAACGGAAUUUUCGUUGAUAGCAACGCUUCCACCAAAGGAUCAAACAGUGAAAACAAAAACGUUUGUUGUGGUUCAGGACUACGACAGGACUGUCGUCAAUACCGCGAAAGAAAUUUCCACGAGUCCGUGUUCUGCUGAAAAAUGCAAUAGUUAUGGGGCAGUGUGGUUAGCAAAUGAUUACAAGGAGAAUGUCGAUGAUGAUAACAGUACAACAAUUUCAAUAGAAUCUUUUGUUCCUUUUGAAAAGAGCAAUACAAGUGGGGCUAAUGACGUGGUUAAAUUGAAACCAAACACUACUUACUGCGUCGUUAUUGUUACUCAGCAUAAUUUCUACAAUAAAUCUGAAUGCGAAAUAUUUUCUUUUAAGAACGUAACAACGAGUAGUGCUCCGGAGAAUAGUACAUCCGAAGAGUUACCCAUUCAAGAGCAACCUUUUGCUAGUGUAUCGCUUAUACUAGGAAUUUUAUUUAUUUUUAUUUCACUUUCCGUUUGCGGUAUUAUAUGGUAUCGGCGAUAUAGAAGAAAACGUUUUAUUAAUUGUAGAAAUAGAAAUAGAGUUUAUGAUGAAAAUAUCUACGAACAAAUGCCAUUUGAUGAUCUAGAAGAAUCAGUUAAUAAUCCACUUUACGACCGAUUAGAAUAU